GCAACGUAUCGCAGACCGGCAGGGAUCCAUCGGUGAUGCAUGGCGUCCCAAGGGUUCCUCCCUGCGCGGCGGCCCUUAAAGCAGCUUCGGCAGAGAGGCCGCGUCCGUCCGAGAAAGGCGAACGGCAUAGAGGAGGCUCGAGGCUUUGGCAUGAGACCGGGAGGCUUGGCGAGCAGCUCCUCCGCGACGCCGAGGUCUCAGAGUUUCUGCCCGGAGAGGCCGUUGACUCCGCUCUCCGUGUCCAGCAGUGGUUUUUUCUGCGAUGCCGCGGAGAGCUUUAGCACGCGUCUGGCUGCGGCAGUGGCGAGGUCUUUGGUGGAGCGCUACGGCUCCCUGGCGCGCGCCUUCAACACUCUGGCGCCCCAAGGCGCAUUCUCGCGGACCGAGUGGAUGGCGGAACUGGAGCCCAUCCAAGAGCAGCUAGAGGAGAAUGGUCAGCCCCUGCAGAUCAUCUUUACCAAGGUGCUUGGUGCGGCAUCUUUGGAUACGGUGAGCUAUGAGAACUGGUGCUGCUUUUUCCAGUGCCUCAGAGGCAGUCACGCGGAGGACCUUCUGGACAAGGAGCUCGGCCCGCGGCAUGGCGGGCCCUCCGUGCGCUCCCGGCGGCUGCUGGCGCCUCGCGGGGAUUUGGGCGAGGACCCGACGCAGGGUUUGGCUCCGGCGGCUCCGGCGGCUCCGCCGGAGCCAACGAAGUCAGAGGUGCCGACGCCGAGCCCGGCGCGCAGCCCUCCGGCGCCCAGCCCAGGCGGCUUCUCUCGGCCCAUGCUGAAGAUGCUGAUGAGCCGACACCAGGUUGAGGAGGAGCUGAGCAAGCGCUACUCAUCCACGGGCGUGGUGAGGCUGCCCUAUCUUCCGCCGGAGGCCCGGCGCCUCAGCCUCGAGGGCGCGCGAGAGCCUCGCAAAGUGCUGCCCAGCGCGUUCACUUCCUCUUUGCUCGAGUGAUAGAUGGGUGUCCUUUUCGGUUAGUUCGACGGGUUUCAGCUUGGUAUGAUGGCCUUUUCCCCA